CGCAACGGGAGGAAAAGACUUUCCCACCGAAUCUCCGAAUCGCGAUCGCUCGUGUCUUGUGGGCUGCUAGCUCUGGUUCGUAUCAGCCUCUACCGGCGCUAUCAGUUUAUUCCGAGGUAACAUCUCCCCCAAGGUACACGUGCUUCCCGGAGAACACACACUCGGUCCGGUCAAACGGACUCUGUUUCCAAGCGGAUCAUUUGAAGGAAGAGGCGAUCAGAAAAAAAGACGGAGACAUACUGUGUGCGCGCGUUUGUGUGCGUGUGCAUUUGGAAGUGAGAGUGGAAAGCUGUUUCGUUUGAGCGUGUUAUACAUUUUUUUCCGUUGACUUCAAGUGUCGCUUCCUCAGCAGUAGCGGUGUGACAAGUUCAAGUUCAAGUCUGAAAAAAAAAACAGUGACCAGUUACAUUCCUCGAUGGUGUUGACUCACGAAAAUUUUACGCUCGUCAAAGUGUUGUACCCCAAACAGAAAGUGUCGCAAUUUGAAUGUCCAGCCCACGAAUAACCGAAGAUUGAUGGGAAUACAAGCACUUGCCCAUAAAUCAGGAAGGUAACCAAUCUCGAAGUAAUCUCUUAUUUCGGUUCGUCCGGGGCGAAGAGAAGGACCAGCUAACGAUCAGCCGUUUUGAGUGCAGUGAAAAAUUGUGUGAGAAACACCGUAUAUUCCCCCUACUUUUUACGCGCCUUUGCUCCAUUGCGCGAGGAGUAGUGAUAUCUCCGCGGAACACAAAAAAAAUAUCGAAAAAGUACAAGGGAAAACAACAAGCCGAACAACAUAAAGGAUAAUUGGAUUCAAUAAAUCAUCAUUCAGCGGGUUCCCAGUGGAUGCUUUUUCAUUGUUUUAAUUUUUGGAUGGUGAAGCUGUUGUGAGUUGUGUUUUUCGUUGGUUUCGUUGCUGCCCUUUGCUCACAACAUUGUGAACACUCGAGUUCGUUGCUUGUUGCAAGUCUCGGGGAGACUUGGGGCAUUGCGGAUCGCCGCGGUGAAAUAGUAGGCUGUGUGACGACGAAUACGAACGAAAUUGAUUCCGUUAAGGAGAGUGACAGGUAAUCAUAGUAGCAGGGGACUUUGGCUGAGCGCGACUUUGACGCAAACAAAUAGCAAUUUGUAGGAUAUUUUCUGCUGAGGCAACAAUUGGCUCCCACAAUGAGGAGCUUACGGUGGGCUCCUGGAGUGCUGUGGGAUCUCCGGAUACACCUGGUGCUAGCGGUCCUUCUGUUCAAAGCGGGUGCACCAGCGAACGAAAUAUGGCCAGUUGAGCGACCCGAUGGGAUGCCACAGAUCACCGCCCUCGAGGUGAUGUGCGGUAAAGACCACAUGGAUGUGCAUCUAUCGUUCUCGGCCCCGUUCGAGGGAAUCGUCAGCUCGAAAGGUCAGCACAGCGACCCCCGGUGCGUGUAUGUUCCCCCGUCCACCGGCAAGACGUUCUUCACCUUCCGCAUCUCGUACUCUCGCUGUGGCACCAAACCGGAUCUGAACGGUCAGUUUUACGAGAACACCGUAGUCGUGCAGUACGACAAAGAUCUGCUGGAAGUGUGGGAUGAGGCGAAGCGACUGCGAUGCGAGUGGUUCAACGAUUACGAGAAGACCGCCUCCAAGCCACCGAUGGUGAUUGCCGAUUUGGAUGUGAUACAGCUCGACUUCAGAGGUGAUAACGUCGACUGCUGGAUGGAGAUCCAGCAAGGGAAGGGACCAUGGGCCCCGGCAGUGAGUGGUAUUGUUCCGUUGGGUUCCACGAUGACCCUGGUGGUUGCGAUCAACGACUUCCGUGGAGAGUUUGACAUGCGGGUGAAGUCCUGCGUGGCGUCCGAUGGUGCCGGGCACGUUAUCAAGUUAUCCGAUGAGUAUGGUUGUGUGCUGCGUCCGAAGAUGAUCUCUCGCUUCCUGAAGGCUCGUGCUCCAGACGACAAGGCCUCCGUCAUCACUUAUGCUUUCUUCCAUGCGUUCAAAUUCCCCGACGCUUUGAGCGUUCAUAUUAAGUGUAAGGUUGAAAUUUGCCGCCAUGGAUGUUUGGAUCACUGUCAGCACAGCGGCUCAGCCGGACCCGCAGCGAAACAUCACGAUCUGUUGGAACGAAAGGACACCCUAGAGAAUCACCAGAGCAGUAACGAUAUCUUGCAGGAAUCCGCGGAAGAAGACAGUGGAAGCAACGGACAGGACGUGUUCUACGACGAUAUAAUCCACACUGACAAGAACUUCAACCAACAACCUCCCCCACCUCCACCCAAGAAGCCGGUCAUCCCCGCAAUCCAUAAAAAGAAAGACAGUGGCUAUCUGCAGUACCAUCAUCACAAUCGGGAUCCCAUGGAUGAACUGGAAUCGCUCUUCCUCAGCGAUCACUCCAUGAUGCCACCGGAGUUGAUGAAGAAGCAACCUCAGCAACAGCAACUUCCGCUUCAGAUGCAACCCACAGCGCAACCCCUAUCCGGGCAGCAACCGCAGAAGGUUACCUACGAGGAUGAAAAGUUCCCCCACGGGCCACGCCAAAUGGACGCCGAGAAACGAAUGGGUCUCCCGGCUGUGGCUGGUCCCCGCUCACUCAACCUAGAUGCCGAGGACAUCCGGAAUCCCACGUUCGCCAGUGGUGAUCGCAAACGACGCGUUCGUCGAGCGAUUAAGAUCACCGAUCGGAAGAUACGAUCGACCGACGUGGGCGUGAGCGGAAUCUACGAAGUCAUCUCCGAAGCGGAUCUAGCGUUCAAUCCCGACAUCAAGCAGGAAGCCGUGACGGUGUUCCAGGGCAAAAUCGCCGAGGAGGUUGUCUACGGGAUUUGCAUGCCCGUGCCAGGCUUCAGCAUUCUGUUCAUUCUGGUGAUCUCGGCCACCAUAAUAUCGGCGCUGAUCGCCGGAUCGCUCCUGUACCGAUAUCAGCUGCAGAAAGAGAUGCUAGCUCAGCAGCAGAGUGGAACGAGCCCUGGUCACCUACCGCCGAACAACUUUGCCGCCUGGAUGACCCUGAGAUUGUUCCGAUCGCGACAUCAUCAGGCCGCUGCAGCAGCGGCAGCGGCAGCCGCAAUGGCAGCUAGCGGACCUCGCGGUUCGAUGGACAUCAGCACAACGCCCCAGUGAGGAAGCGAGACAAUUUGAUCACACGAAAACGCAUUUUGAAACUGAGUGUAAGUGGAUAUAAUUUCUGCGACUAAGAGGAUUGUUUGCGAAAAAUUGCAGAACACUGCAGACAAUUGUGUAAAUUUUAGCUCAACUGCCCGUUGUUGAACUUUCAUUCGAAAACUGCACUCAAUGUUCCCCCUUCUUUUGACACACUCAACGUGAGACAGUUAUUUGAUUAUAUUAAUUAACACAUACGCACCAACAAACACAAUCUUUCUUCGGGUUUAUUGCAAUAUUUAUUUAAAAUAUACGUGUCAAUGAACAACAUAAAUUAUGUGAGAAAAAGGAGCAAGAAAAAACUUUAGUGAAAAACAUAAAAAACGCCUUAGCCGAUAAGAUUAGAAUCGAAAACAAAAAAAAAAAAAAAAAGAAAUGAGUGCUCUGAAAGAGCACGAAAAAUUUGGGUCCCCUAAUUAAUAGUCGAAUAUUUAAAUGCGGUUAUUUGUUUUAUUCAAAUUUGAUCCGAUGUUUGCUCAGCCAUUCGAUCUGAACGGUUUGUUAGAGCAAUGAAGCCGUGGGAAAUAGACGCCCGAACGGAGAAAUUGUGGGUGGUAUAAGCUAUUUAGAACAGAAUCGAACAAAAAAAACAAAGAUUAUUCUUAUACAUCAGUAAAAUUAAUUUAUUAAAUUAUUAAGUUAAUACUAAAUAAUGGUGAAAACAAAAUGCACACGCAUACGAGGGUUCACAAGUUCAGGUGCGUAAGAGACGAGAGAACAAUGCUCAAUCAAAUAGUUUUAAAGGUGGUAAACCCAGUUAACGAGAAUCUAAGUUAUUUAUUUUUUGUUUGUUUGUUUGUUCCACUGGUUGAUCUCUGUGGUCAGGCAUAGCAGCGCGACGUGACAUGCUCAACUACUGGAACAAUCCCCCCCCCAACUGAGGAUAAGUGAAUUGUUAGAAGAAAUCCUGUUGUCAAUAGUAGAAUGAAUUACAGUAUUGUAUACAAAUAA